AUCGCAUUUUGUUUACAAACACUGCCAAAAAUGAUGGAUAUUUAUCAUUGUGCAGCCAGCACUUCAAACCAGAGGACUGUUAAAGAGAUUUGAAAGUGGAGUUACUGGCUCAAUGGUUGUCUUUCCUUGGACUACUUUUGGUUGGUAAGUUUGUUGUGGCUGAAGAGGAUGACUACGCUACUGGAUACUCUAAAGGAUAAUGAUCUCCAGUAGGAUUCACGCUUAUAGAUGUCUGUCUCACUCUCUCCCAAUGUGUGCUCUAGUGCAUCUCAGCUUCGUGUCAUAAAUGUCCCAUACACACCCUCUCGCAUACUGAAAAGAUCUGAUUCGCUCAUGUUGGUUUGGUUGGACGGUCACAUUUACUACCAUGAAAAGGCCAAAGCAGCAGUCCCAGGCCUUUAGCUUCCUUAGUUUCUUUACUCGCAAGCCCAAGUCCGACCCCAAGAGUGAGAAACCUGCAGCUGCCUUGAGUCGAGAUGAAGUGGUGAUUACGCUGACACCCAACGAGCAGGAGCAUGCACAGAAUGAGCCACCUCAGAGUGAGAGAGAUGGAGGUGGAGAGACUGCUGAAACAGGCUCGGUUAAGGCUGAAGGAGCUGAGGUUGAGCAGGCUGCGGAGUGUGUGAGCAGCGGCUCCACAGGCGUUGUGUCGCUUUCCUCCUCUAGCCAAGAGCAGCUCCUCGAGCACCUGGUGGAGUGUCCGCUGUGCCUGCUGAGCCAGCCACGUGCUCACUUCCCCCGUCUGUCCUCAUGCCCACACCGUGCGUGCACUGACUGUUUGCGUCAGUACCUGCGCAUUGAGAUCUCAGAGAGCCGCGUGGGUAUCGCUUGCCCACAGUGUCCUGAAGCACUAGCGCCUCCGGAUGUACGUGCAAUCUUAGAUGACAGUGCAUUGCUGGAACGUUUUGAGGAGUAUCAGCUCCGCCGUUUCCUGGCUGCCGAUCCUGACACACGCUGGUGCCCGGCACCGGACUGCAGUUACGCAGUGAUAGCCUAUGGCUGUGCCGAGUGCCCUAAGCUGAGCUGUGGCCGUGAGGGCUGUGACACAGAGUUCUGCUACCACUGCCGUCAGCUGUGGCACCCAGACCAGACGUGUGAUCAAGCCCGACGACAACGUGCCCGUCACACAUUGGGCACAAACGAUGCCUCAGCACUCUACGUCUUCACUGAGGAACCUAGCGGAGAUGCAGAGGAGAUUAAAGCUUGUCCACGCUGUGGUGCCUAUAUCAUGAAGACUAAUGAUGGCAGCUGCAACCGCAUGAACUGCACAGUUUGUGCUUGUCAGUUCUGCUGGCUGUGUAUGCAGGAGAUCACAGACGUGCACUACCUCAGUCCCUCUGGAUGCACCUUCUGGGGAAAGAAGCCGUGGUCACAGACACGAAAGGUCCUGUGGCAGGUGGGAAUGCUGCUUGGGGCUCCAGUGGUGAUCUCAUUGAUUGCAGGCAUCGCCAUACCUGUCAUUAUCGUGGGCAUCCCUAUAUACAUGGGCCGUAGGGUCCAUGGUCGCUGUAAGAAAAACAAUAUCUCAGGAAGUAAACAUUAUUUGACAGUAGCCAGCGGAGUCAUGACAUCAGUGUUUGUCUCUCCAGUCUUAGCAGCCGUCACUGUGGCGGUUGGAGUGCCUCUGAUGCUGACAUAUGUUUAUGGCAUCGUUCCCAUGUCUCUGUGUCGUAACGGCUGGUGCAGGCCUCAAACUGAAGCCCCUGAUACACGGAAGAUCCAGUUAGAGGACCUGGCCACUUAUCUUUUGUUUUCUCAUGUAGUAAGUGAUCACUGGACUGGGCAGCCCAAGCCAGCGCUGAAUGCUAUCGGUCUCCAGGAAGUGAGUGUUGAUGAAGCAGUAGCAUUACCCAGUACCAGUGCUGUCCUCUCACAGCCUGAGGGAUCUUCCGAUCCAUCUGAUGAUGUACAAGUGGUAAGCACCAAACAAGACAACAAAUCAGAUGAUGCGGAUGCUGUUGAGGAGUGCGUCUUUAGCAGCGCACAGACUUUUGCUUUGAGGGAGGGAACCAAUAUUGAGGUACGGGUGGAGAUUGAGGCACAGCCACGCAGUGUACGUCAGCCCAGUCUCAGCAGCGUCCUCUCCAGCCGGAGUCUGUCGGCCGAGUCCCUCCAUCAAUCACACGAUCCUCUCGGUGCCACCCAAAGGCCAGUGAAUGAAGUCCCUCAGCCAAUUACGCAGACAGACAAUGUCUGAUUCUCAGCCGCUUUCACCACCCACUAUAACUCCGACCAGCUGCUUCUAGCCUCUGUCUGUUCCCACAGAGACAGAGAAAUGGAGACCAAUGCAGCCAAAGAGGAUGAGAGAUGAAGAUAGAAAGGAUUCAGUAUCAUGACCGAGGGCAUGGGGACAAACGUCCAGGGCAGCUUCCACUCUACCACUAUGAUGACUAAUGAUGAUAGUAUGAACUAAAAUGACCGAAAGCAUGUUUGCAAGCUAGUCUUGUGGUUGUUAGCCUCUUUUUUACUGUGGUACAAUGAAAAAAAAAUGGCUAUCCAGAUGGUAUUUAAUUUAAUUUAUUUGUUUAGCCCUUCUUAUAGCUGCAAUAUACUUUUGUAUUAAGUGGCUGUACAUUUUCAUCCCUUAAAAUAUAAGAAUAAAUUCAAGAACCACAGCA